GAAUCCUCAGCCACCCCUGUAAUCACCAGCCCUUUGACUACGUCUGAUAUUGAUCAGGUUAUUCGCUCUGAACUGAUCAUUAACAUGACUGGCAGUUACAACAAAGAGCAGAAAGCCUGCGUGCUCCCAGAGCCCGGAUGUGCCGUAGUAGCCAGAGUCAGAUUCUUUUAUCAGCUUUCUCUGUUCAAAAUGUUCUCCUUCCAAAAGGUUGUGUUGCUAAUGGAAAGGCUGGCAGAGUAAUGUGAGUUUUUCUCCAUUUAUUUAUUUUUUUUUUUUGUAUUUCGGUGGGAAGGACACAGGUGCCCUUGCAGAGCGAUGUGACGUGAGCGGACUGUGAAUUUGCCAGGUGGCAGUGAAAGAGAGGAUGAGAGCGCUGGAGAUGAAGACGGAGCAGAAAGACGGUCUCUGAGAGAGUCCAAAGGGAAGGCGCUCAGAGAAUUUUCUGGAAGGCAGAAAAAGGGGGCUGUAAAUGUUGGGGUUUGAUUUGAGAAUGACACUGAUCUGCAUCCAGGCAAAAGGGGGUCCUGUUUUUAGGCUCCCCUGAAAGCCUGUUUCCAGUUUCACUUAAGUUCCCUCUCGGUCUAAGAUUUAUAGGCGUAGUGAUUGGCUUCAUCACCCCCCUCCACUAUUCUGCGGCACUGCCAUUUGCAAUGGUUGAUGAGCCCCUCCGCCCUCUCAAACAUGGCCGUCUAAGGGAUUGGGGGUGGGGGAAAGGAGAAAGGGAGGCGUACGGCACGCUGUUCCUGAUCACUCCACCUCCUCCAUCAGCUGCUUCUGUGAUCCAUGCACCUUUUCUGCCUCUGCUGAAGGUCGUCGCUUAGCCGUCCUCGUUCGCCGCGCGCCAGCCUCACCUUUCUCACUUUUCGCCACAAAGACUCACUGAAUGGACUGCCAUACUUUAUAGUGCUGCGUCAAAAGAGGCGGAGUGGGGAAGAAAUUCAAUUUUUUGGUACCGGCACCAGGGGAGGUGGGGACGUGACGCGCCGAGAGGAGGACGCAGCCCAUUGGCCGGCGGAGGCAUCAGUCCUGCGCGCUGCUGCAGACAGACAGGCCACUCGAUGAAUAUGGAUGAGAGCAGUGAAAAGGGUGAUGCGGCAGGGAAGACCCCCCCCUUCAAACCGACGCAGGCUUGAACAAUGUGUGCCGUCUUUCACUGAAAACACUCAGAGCCUGCAUUAGCAUUUUCUCAGACAAUUGAGGCUCUGGCCAACUGCAGGCAUGGCUCGGAUGCUGCGGUGAAAUCGCUUUCUCUGCACCCACUGAUGAAUAAGACCUCGGUGAAAAAGGUCGCAUUCCUCAACAGCACCACUGCACCUAUGCCGAGGCUAAUGUUGAGAUCCCCUUCAGAGAUUGCGCCCCGGCAUUGAUGGCGAUCUGACAGAGGACUUUAGCAGCAGCAGAUCUCAGAAUGGAGGAGGGCGAGUACUUCCUGAAGGUGCUGAUCCCCAGCUAUGCGGCAGGCUCUAUAAUUGGCAAGGGGGGCCAGACCAUCGUACAGCUGCAGAAAGAAACUGGUGCCACCAUUAAGCUGUCCAAAUCCAAAGACUUCUACCCAGGUACAACAGAACGAGUCUGUCUGAUACAGGGGACCGUGGAAGCUCUCAACAGUGUGCACAACUUCAUCGCGGAGAAGGUUCGUGAGAUGCCCCAGAGCGCCCAAAAGCCAGAACCCGUCAGCAUACUUCAACCACAGACCACGGUGAAUCCUGACCGCGUCAAACAGGCCAAACUGAUCGUGCCCAACAGCACAGCUGGACUCAUCAUCGGCAAGGGUGGAGCCACAGUCAAAGCGGUGAUGGAGCAGUCAGGGGCAUGGGUGCAGCUCUCCCAGAAGCCAGAGGGCAUCAACCUGCAGGAGCGAGUGGUCACCAUCAGCGGAGAACCUGAGCAGAACCGUAAAGCUGUGGAAAUCAUCGUGCAGAAAAUCCAGGAGGACCCUCAGAGCAGCAGCUGCCUCAACAUUAGCUACUCCAACGUCUCCGGCCCGGUGGCCAACUCCAACCCCACGGGCUCGCCCUACGCAAACACGGCCGAGGUGCUGCCCAACGCAGCUGCGGCCGCCGCCACGGCCUCCAGCCUUCUGGGUCAGGCUGGACUGACAGGGAUGGGGGCCUUUCCUGCCACCAUGUCCAGUUUCUCCGGCAACGACCUGCUGGCCAUCACCUCAGCCCUGAACACCCUGGCCAGCUACGGCUACAACACUAACACCCUGGGCCUGGGCCUCAACCCUGCAGCCGCCUCUGGAGUUCUGGCCGCAGUUGCAGCCAGUGCUAACCCAGCUGCAGCUGCCGCAGCCAACCUGCUAGCCUCCUACGCUAACGAUGCCUCCAGCAGCGCGGGCCACCCGGCCACCGGCCUCGGCGGCUUCUCCUUGGGUUCACUAGCUGCUGCUACCGGGGCUUCCAACGGUUACCUGAAUGCUUCGUCCCCUCUGAUGGCCUCGUCUCUUUUGGCAACAGAGAAGCUGGCAGACGGGGCCAAGGACGUGGUUGAAAUAGCCGUCCCAGAGAAUCUGGUGGGUGCCAUUCUGGGGAAGGGCGGGAAGACGCUGGUAGAGUACCAGGAGCUGACAGGAGCCCGCAUCCAGAUCUCCAAAAAAGGAGAGUUCAUUCCUGGUACUCGGAACCGCAAAGUAACCAUAACAGGGUCGCCAGCCGCUACACAAGCAGCGCAGUAUCUGAUCAGCCAACGGAUCACGUAUGAGCAGGGCGUGCGUGCUACCAACCCACAGAAGGUGGGCUAAGAGAGCAUAGGAGAGCAAGCAAGGAAAGGAUGAAGGCAGAGAUUAAAGGGUAUCGAAAGAGUGGAGUUGUAUAGAAAAAAAAGAAAUGUCCAAAUAUCUGUUCAGUAUUUCAGUAUCAAAUGAGAGAAUACAAAGGAGGCGGUGGGGAGACAACCAAGUGUGUGUGAUAUGUGAGUGUGUUUUUAGGACUGAUGUCCUGAUGUUUUUUAAAGUUUGUGUCAAGUGAUCAGAGUAAGCUGACCUGGUCCACUGCCAAGAUGCAGAUUAACGGGUGAGGCCACAGGGUUUUACUCACCUCCAAAACCUAAUUUCUCUUUAAUUUUCCUUUUCUUGUUUUGUUUUUGUUUUGGUUUUGUUGGCUCUUGUUUCCCUUUCAGACUUUGGCUCCCCAAAACCUGAGUGUCAGAUGAAGAUCCAGCCGGGCUGUCGAGCUGUUUUACAAAGCUUGCUUUCGCAGAAAGCAUUAUCGAGAGGGGAGAGGUUUUAUUACGAGCACCUGAACUCAGCUCCGCCUGUGGGGAAGCAAUCGGACUUUGAUUUAUUAAAAAGAAAAAAGAAAAAAAAAUAAUCAAGAAAAUCUUAUAUAUAUAUGUUGACAUCUGUUGAAUUCUGGCUCAUAUCAUAAUUGACUUUUCUAAAUUUGGGUAUUUUAUAUUUUCAUCCUUUAUUUAUUGACACGGUCUCAUUUAAACACAAAACCUUAUCUAAACCUGUGAAUGCAGGUUGAUCUGAAUGUAAGAACAAUAUUAGCUAUUGCUAUUUUUUUAUUUACAGGGAUCAAAUAUUGUUUUGCAGUGAAAGAAAUGUAUAACUCAAACCCAGUCUGAACGUAACUGUUGCUGCCUGCAGGUACAGUUCAGGGGUUAGUAAUCAAUGUGAGAGGAUAGAGGAGACACAGGAAUGUAUAGAUAUAUUUUACAUAAACACACAGAUAAUGUUCCCAUAAAUGCACAAACACUGAAACGUAUUAGAGAAUUCAGUCACAGCUACAAACACAAAGAAAUAUUUUACCCUUUCUUGGUGCUAUAGCAUUAGGUUUUUCUCUGUCCCAAUAUCUCUGGAGGGAGGCGCGAUGUCCUUCAGCUCACUAAAUUUGACUUCCAUCGAAUAACAAAUAUUCAUUUCAGCAUUUCGGGAUAAAACACCUUGUCGUUACUACUCCAUAACGAGGCUUUCUGCUCACCCCUAACAAUAAAUAAUUACUGGUUUAGUUUCUACGUUUUUUGCGUCUCCCAAGACCCGGAGGUCCACACGGCCCCGAGGCGGCGUCUAACUCGCUGGGUUGGGAACGGAAUCGGAGCACUACAAAAGCAUUUAAGUAGAAAAAACUGUUUGAACCAGUAUCUGUGAUCAAAACGAAACCCGCCUUUAUGUGACGGGCACCAAAUACAGGACAGGAGAUGAAGCUGUCUGUGAGCCAUCCCUCCCAGUUCACAUCCAGACCCAGAGCACUUCUGCUCCCAGAGCUCGCGCUGAGCCUGUAAUAAAACAUGACAGCUUUCACGUUCCUCUGUUUCAUGGAUAACCGUUGUCUCCAGACGUACCUGCACUCCCCUCUGUGCUGCUAUCUUCGGUGUCGUGCACUGAGUCUCUAAAGACUGCACUGUGAGACAUUUAAACACACUGUAAGGCGCUUUCGCAGCCCCACUUGGGGCGUGAAUAGAUUUCAAUUUGCACAUCAAUGUUGCACGCAAGACCUACUUACGCCAGGUUCACACUGGACGCGGAAGCGCAGCGGAGCGGAGUGCGCGCGGCAUCCGCUCUUCCCUGCAGUUCUCACCAGACACGGUCGACAGGCGCUUCUGCUAGAGCUAUUUUUUUGUUUUUCCCAUCAGGGGUAAGUUAAUAACCUAAAAAUAUGACACCAUGUUUCUGCUAAGAAGAAGCUAGCAGUUAGUAGGCAGACACUUCUUUAAUUUAUUUGUUGUUAAGUUAUAUAUAUAUGGUUAUAUUUAAAAAAAUAUACCAGGUUUUCUCAUGUAUCUUAAUGUAACUUCCUGCCUGGAUUGACGCGGAUCGCUCGUGACUCGCGCACAACAUAGACCAGACGCUGAAACAAUCCUCUGCACGGUGUGAGCGUUCCGCGGCUGGUAUGAACUACACCAUAGCUUAACAAGGGCGCUGAGUGGAAGCGGCCGCCAUUCCGUGGCGCUUCCGCAUCCAGUGUGAACCAGACAUAACGCUAGGUUCAGACUGGAAGCGGAAGCACCAUGAAGCGUCAUCCGCUCACUCCUGCAAUUCACACCAGACGUGCAUCGACAGGCUCUUCUGCUAGAGCUUUUUUUGUUUUUGCCGUCAUGACUAAGUUAAUGGCCGAUAUUACCCUGUGUUUCUGCUAAGAAUAAGCUAGUAGUUAGUAGGUCUACACUAUUUAAAUUUAUUUGUUGUUGAGACACAGAGAGAGGAGUGUGUGUUGUGAUUGUUUAUUUUCAUCUCUGCAGUCUGUUUACAUACAAAAACACGAUUGCAUGUGUUAAUCUCUGUGUUUUAUUUUGAAAAAUUGGUUAAAUUAAAAAAAUACCCAAUUUUCUCAUGUACCUUGAUGUAACUUCCUGCCAGAAUUAAAGCGGAUCGCUCUCACACAACAUAGACCAGACGCUGAAACAAUCCUCUGCACGGUGCGAGCCUGCCACAGAGGACCGCGGCGCUCCACGUCUGGUGUGAACUACACCAUAGGUUAACAAGGGCGCCGAAUGGAAGCGGUCUCCGUUCCGCACCGCUUCGCAGCGUUUCCGCGUCCAGUGUGAACCAGGCGUAAUACUGACAGAGGGGACAACUGUACACAACGCGCAAACGCCUUCUGAUGUCUCUGUUCGACAACACACCACACAUAACCCUUGUGCUCUCUUAUAGGGUCCAGAUGACCCACCCUUAUGUUGAUGUGUGAUCCCUCCCAUGACAGAGGUGGACAGGAUUUUAUGUCUGUCGUGGACAUCAGUGAAGAUAAAAAAUCCUUGAAAAAAAAGUUCAACACGUCGUUUUAUGAGGUCCAGAUGACCCCACUUUAAUGUAGACAUGUCUAGGAUAGCACAAGGGUUACAUGAGUGGACGUUUACCAACCAGCAGACUAGUUGUCGAAUCCUCCCUCGUCUCUAAGAUCAGCCCGAAGCCGAGGGUUGGUGCUGCUUGACAGGGUCGGAGAACAUCCGAUUCAUCAGGAUGUGGAAGCGAUAGAAGCAUCCCUGAACAUGUUUUCACCGCCGUCCAUAACUCCAAUCUGGCCACCAGUGAAAUUACGGAACCUUUGACUGCCCAGGAUUUUUGCAUAUUAAGAUACAAGCACAAAACGAAGGCAUGUUUUAUCAAUGCAACUGGACUGCUUUUUUCCCAGAGCUCUGACUGACGCUCGCAGUUUGCGUUCUUCAUUAACUUUCCUCUUUCUCUCAGCAUUUCGGUCCUCUCCAUGUUCUGUCUGUGCGUCUUCCCGCUGCGUGCUCUCCCCCCUUUCUCCUGUCUUGUCGUCUCAUGGGCGGGGCGUCGGCUGUGCUGGGUGCAUUGUGGGUCGGGAAAUGAAAAUAUUCUCCUUGCCCGAAGAGUUCACAAGGUUAAGACGCACAGAACACCUGCCUUCAAAACUGUGACACCCACCGAGAUCAACCAGCAGCGUAUCCGGAGAACAGGUCCGGUUUCGACGGGUUUAGCCUUUUCAAAGAAGCGUCUUUUUUUCUUUUCUUUUUUAAGAAUAUAUUACGUGAGGAAGGCAAAUCUUGGUUGGACAAACAAUGACGUGACGGCACAGCUCAAGCUUCAGCCUCUUUAGAAAGCAUAGUUUGGACAGAACGCAUACAAUAUGGAGCGAUUACCAUGGAAACUUGUUUGUGACCUCAAAGUGAAACAACAUCCUUUAUGCAUAUGCUGUUAUCUGAAAAUGACUAGAAAUCCUUUCUGUGGAAUACAAUAUGUCAUGUCAUAUGAUCUAUAUGUACUUUAUCGUAGCUAUUCUAGUUUGUAGUCCAAAUGCAGUUCAGCGUUGUCGAUCCAAUGUGAAACUCUGUUAUAUUUGUGCGGAUGGUGGGAGUUCUGGCAAAGCCUGAGUAAGAUUAGCUUCGCGAUUUGUUUGUGCAUUUUGAUGCUUCAUCAUCGGCCGGUGGUGUCCAUAUUCCUGUCACUGAUGAUUUAGUUUGACAGUAAGAAAAUGUAAAGAAUAUUGGAAGCAAUAUAGUAGCAUGUUGUCCUGUUUUGUGUUUUAUGUCUGUUGUAUGAACCUUUGAAAUUACUAAGAUUUUGAAUGAAUAGGUUUACAUGUACUUUUGUAAGUUAUGAAAAUGCUGCUAUUUGAUAAGUAAACUAUACAAAAUAUUUUAGUUUAAAAAGAUGUCUGGUCCGUGGAUUUAGAGACGUGCUCCGGGAGGCCGGGGCAGACAACCAGGUGUAAAGAGAACUAUACGGUGUUCGGUAAGAUAAAGGUCAAAGUAAUAAUAGACUCUGUAGUACGAAUUGUGCCAAACUAGACCUCUGCAGCUUCUGAAAUCAUAGAUGUGCGAUCAAAUGUUAGAUAUCAAUAACUUGUUUAGAAGUGCUGAUCAAGUGCCAAUCCAACAUUGUCAUUUAAGUUAAGAAAAGAUAAUCAAACAAAGGACAAAGAACUCUCUGUGCAUCGUUUUAUCCCAUAGCUACAUAGAGUAAGAGUUAAAGGUUGUGAUUUCUAUGGAUCCACGUUGUUUUACACUCCACGCAUUUUUCCGUGUGUUCGUUUGACCUGUGGCUUCAGUACUGCUGUUUUCCCACAAUUGUCUCUAUAGGCCAGCAUGGACUAAGCAUAACAUGUUAUAGGCAUUCAUAACACAGCCAUUAACAAUCAAAAAUGUGUUUGUGGAGUUAGAUGUUAUCUUUUUGCACGUCUUCUAUUGCAUGGUAAAUUAUGGAGGAAAAAAGGUAAUUAAAAAAAAAAAAACCUGCGAGUGUCUCGCAAACAUUCAAGGACAUAACACUGCAUGCAGUCAGGUGUAAAGCUCUUCAGUUUCCUCGCCUCAUGUGGAAAAACCUUUCUUUAUGUCGUGAGUUGGGAGGGAGGGAGCUCAUUGUUGUCAUGUUGGCCCAAAAACAGAAAAAAAAAAAAAAAAGAGAGCCGCCGUCUCUCAUCCGCCCAUCCGUCCCGCCGUCAUCAGAGAUCUGAUUCACACUCACGUGAGACGUGAACAUACCGACCGGCUCCUUGUGGUUCUGGAUAUCAGGCCUGCAUUUCUUUGACAAACAGGUUGAACCUCACUUAUACUUUGUUUUGUGUUUUUUUUUUAACAAAACUUCAAAGCCCAGAUCUACUCUAUGAAUGUACUCACGCUUUCUCUGUUUGAUCUUCUGUUUUUGAUCUGUCUUCAGUGAAAUUCAGGGCAGGAAUGUUAACUUCAUGUCAAGUGAGUAUCUGUGUCGAUGACAUACUUCACCUGCAGUCAGGUAGGCCUCCUACGGCCGCACUCAUAAAGCAGAUCUGUUCAAGGAACUUCCGAUUCGCUGUCAACACAAUAUUGUGUGUUUGUUGUUGUAUAAAUGCACUUUACUGAUCAGAGGGUCAUACUGGGUGUGAAAUGACGCAAACUGUUUUACAGCUGCUCUGUUCGGAGUUGUUUUCUUUCUUUCUGCCUUUCUUUGUUGUUUGCUCUGAGGCUGCUUUUAUUUAUUUAUGUAUUCCCUGAACCUGUUGGGUAUCAUGAGUGAUGGAAAGGGCUGGAUUCUCAGACUAACUAGAAGAGUAGCACCUGUUCCCCUCUCCAAGGCUUCUCCGUCACAUUCCCAGCAGCAGAGGUCUGCGUCAAUCACCGAGCGCUUUGUUUGCAGCAUUCACCUCCGUCCUCUUGCUUUCAAAGAUCCAAAAUUAGAAGUGUUAUUAUUUUUCCAGCUGAUCAGGAUGACAUUAGAAUCACAACGGACAGGCAAAGUGACGAAGGCUUCUGCCUCCUCGUCGCCACGAGAAGCUCCGGGGGUGAAGGGACUUUGUUUUGAGUCGUCUCUCCACAAGUUUCCUGCAGGACCAUUCCAAAAAAAUUAUCCUGAUUUUACGAUAUCCUGGACAAUUCACCAAAAGAGGCCAGGACUGCUCUGAAUGCUACAAACUGGUGAAAGCUGCUCUCUUUAAGCCAGUUCUCGCCUCUUCCACAGCCUGCACAACGCCACAGUCUGAUCCACAGGAUCUGCUCCCCACAACACACAAGGCCAUCGUCGUCUCUGUUCGCUGAACCUCCCAUGAACUUUGUUGACCUUUUUCCAUCCCCACUAACUUCUAUUUGUACAUGUUGAAGCUUCUACUGUCAAACUCUGCAAGACUGUUCUUUUGGGUUCCGGUUAUCUGGACUGGUCUGCAAGCUGCUGGAAUGCAAACUGAGGAUGGCUUGUUGGUUCUCAUACUUUUUUCCAGUUUGUUGUUGAUCUCUACUCGUUCCAUUACAGAACAAAAUGGACUGACAGCAUACGAUCCGGUAUUGAGGCAAAGGGAUGUUUUGUUGAUUGGGUAGAUUUCUUCAUUCAAAACCAACGGUUGCUUUCUAUCAUUUGUUACAAACCAUCAAAGGGCUUUCAGGGAGAACAUUUCUGUGUUUUGAAACUGGAAGAGUCCUUUGAACAUGUUUAGGAAUGAAAAACGCCUUCUUGUGCCAUUUUUUUGAAAAAGUGUCAAAACUUUUAGCGGCAAGCGUUUGCCAGUAAAAGUGCCAAAUAAUUCUUCGCUGAGCCAGCCUGCGUACAUGUAGGAAGACCGGGAUGGUUCUGUCCCGCUUUGAGUCCCCCUUGAAAAACAUCCGGCCUUUUUGAGCUCAUGUUCCACCAUUGUUAUGCUGCCAGUCUGUUUUCUGCCUCUGUCAGAAACAUCUCAGAAGCAGUAAAUAUUUUCUAAACGAUGUUACAAAGAAAACAGUCACUGUGGUGAGGGAAUGAGAGGACUUCAUUGUUCUUAUCGCUUUAUUUGAACAUUAUUCAUUAAUAAAUUUAACGGUAAUGACUAUUUAAUGUAACUGUAGUACUGUGUUUGUAAAAGAAAUUCAGUGAGUUGUGUUUUAUGACUCGUGGACUACCAGUGAAGUCAGCAUUUCAGUGUCAAUAAUUGAAUUGUUUUUUAAAGAUUAUUUUUGCGACGGCAACAAAGAGUCAUUAUAAAUGUUCAUUUUAACAUCA